CAACAGCAUUGUCUUCUAUUGUCAUUGAAUUAUUGUUCGCCAGAAGGUCUAGGAACAGGGCCCCUUGACAAGACAUCAUCCGUUGCUAAUCAACAUGGUGGGUUCUCAAAGCACCUCUCCAUAAAGAGAGCAUGAAACUGGGGGAAGGACAGAGGCCCUGUUGAGCAAGACAUCAAUCAAGUGCGUGGACGCUUAGGUGAGAGCAAGAUGGUCGACAAGCACAGAUUUGAGAGCACCGGGAAUCGUAUGAAUCCUCUACCAAACCGCUUAACAAUGUCUUUCAUAUCCCAUCAUGUCUACCCUCAAUGACUACACGCUGGCAGGCAAGAGAACCGUUGCCGCAGCCACCGGAGCAGAACUCAUUCAACUUGUCUUGCAUGAAUGCCGCUCUCUUUGAAAUCUCCACCUCGCAACCCUCCUCUACUCAAUCUUCUCAAGCUUCUCGGUCACAUCAAUCUUUUCGACCAUCACAGUCAUCUGAGCUGUCUGAUCCCUUCGAGAUUCCUCGACUUCCUCAAGGUGAACAACCCACCUGGCAAAACAAGCAUUGGGCCCCCUUCCAGUCCGCCCUCAAUCCCGGGCAAGGCUCUGCCCCUCAUAUGAAUAACUACAUUCACCCUACCCGUCUCACGGGCGGUGUAAGACGAAACGUCCCCUAUGAGAGGGAAGAGCAAGCUCGAGUCGAUGGAAGACCAUACGUCUUUACUGACUAUCCUGAAGAGAAAGACUUUGCUCAUCAUCGAUCGCAAGGUGGACUUGAGCGCACGACUCUUUCAUCGAGUGGACUACAUCAUCGCGAUACCGUAGUCCGCGCGCAUUACACAACCCAAUAUCGGAAAUAACUCAUGACCAAGCAUGCGAGAAAUGUUUGCGCUUCCGUUAGAUAUAUCUCCAGAGAGGUUAACAAGAUCGACACAUGCAUUCUUCUCCAGCCCCCAUCCGAAAAACCAAAGUCAGAACCGAUGAAAAAGAUAAAUAAAGAUUGUCGAUUGUGCUCCCGUUGGCUUCACCUCCGAAGAAGUUACUAGACCGACACACCACGGUGAGGUGGGAGCUCGUGCCGGAGCCUGCCACUCGCCGAGCUGAGGCGCGCGCCACUACCCAACCGCGACGACACUGAAAGGGUGUUGAACCCCUCAGAUGCCAUGCGAGAUGAGCACAACGCGCAUGCUUCACAGCUGCGACUGAGUCCAGGCCCCCCAUCUCCGUACCAUCUCCAGCCGCGGCUCUGUCUCCUGCGACCACCCGUGCUGCG